UAAUUAAUACUGUUAAAGGUUGAGGUUGAUGUGAUUGGUAUAGGAUGAACGUAAAUAGUAAAUAUUUUGAAAUGUCUGUGACUAAUUCUGUACUGUUCGCGUUAUGUAUAUAAUUUUGUUAUAUACGUUAAUAUAAUUAUGAAUGGUUUGAUGUGAUGAACUUACAGUUUAGAAACUAUUAUAGAUAAAGAUAAUCUUUAGAAUUUUGUGAUCCAAUGUUUAUUUUACAAUAGGCACUUAGGAAUUCAUGAGAACAGUAUGAUAUCAAUUUGAUUUCGUAGGCCUAAUUAAAUCUGAACUAAGUAAUAGUGUGUAUAGUUUCAACUUUCACAUUAAAACAUGAACAUUGUCAAAAGAGACAAGCUGAAUAAAAAGAAUGCUGUUCUUUAGACGGUUUCCUGGUGUUAUAUACAACCACCGAUAUGCAACUUCAGUUGCUUUUUUAUUCUUAGUUACCAUUAUAUAUUUAUUAUUUCACUGGGGCCUUGUUUGCAGCAAUAUAGAACCUUGGACACAUGUUAAACAUUUGUGCAAGCAAUACCAAGAUGCUGAAGUUGUGGGGGACCUGUGUCAGCCACUGUGCAGUGAGGGUCGGAUUUCCUCGUUGUCCUGUCAGACAUUCCACGCCGGUAAGGAGGUGGUAUUCUCAGCCGUCAAGGAUGAAAACACGAGACUGGUCUUCAAGCUGGCCAGACAGACGGACCAGCCGAGUUCAGUGUUCUGGCUUGACAACGGAGUCCAGCGCUAUCCAACUGAGGCGGAGUUCACCAGGAUGAUUUUGGAUCAUAUCAGCAGCAGGUUGAAUACCACUGUGAGUCCCGAGCAGGCUGCACUGCUUGGACGUUACAGCCAGUUGCUGGGUCCAAGUAGCCCGCGUGACCGCCAUCGUGAGAUGCAGGAACGCUGGGGUCUACUACAAGACAACGAGUAUCUGCUUGCUGCACUCUACGCGGACCGAGACGUUUUCCCACGUGUCCUCGGCUCCUGCGGACAGUACUUCGCACUGGAAUACCUGGAGCCUGCGCUGGAAGGACAUGUGGUGUCUGAAGAGGGUAGUUGGCCAGCACGCAUCAAGUUGGCCGUGCUGAUCUUGGAUCUGCUGCAAGAGAUUGACAAUUCACUCAGCGAAGGUUUCUCGUUCUGCGACGUCAAACCUUCACACUUUGGCCUUUCUCCGUCUAGUGGUAAAAUAAAGUUCCUGGACCUGGAUGUAGCGUUGCCACGGGCGAUAGUCAACACAGUUACUGCAGAUGGCAGCAGCUGCAGAGUAAAUUCAGAUUGCAGCCUGUUCGACUGUCGGUCUCGCUGUAACACAGACACUCAUCGCUGCGACAGUCCCCAAACAAAUGACAACUUGCAGAUAGUGUGUGAGAAGAUAUUCCUCGGUUGGACUGUGUCAGGCAGUGUUAUAAUGCCUGGACUUCUGAUGGCUCCUCAGACCCCCUCCACUCUCGCUUCGCUUCUAAGGCAGUGUGCAGACUCGGACAGUGAUGGUGUCUUUCCGUCCACAUCAGAACACGUGAGGGAGCGUUUAACGGCUACUCUCCAAGAGAUGGACAAAGCACUCAGUCUAGAUAACUAUUGAGUGUCGUCCUACACUAAUACUACUUGCGCUCAAUACACUACACUUACUUCAGUCCAUCAGAAAGGAACCUCCUCCGUUACAGACUACGGUUAAUUAUAUCAUUGUUUUUGUAAAACAUCAUUGUAUCUUUUGCACACUGUAAUAGAAACUUUGUAGGAAAAAUAACUGAAAAAGUGUUAAGAAUGUUUACAUUAUUUAUGUAUUGAAUUUAGAAAGAUUGAGUUACAAACUGUUAACUAAGACAUUUAUUUUGUAUUUUUCAUUUAUGGGUAUGAAACAUUAAUCCAAUUGAUUGGUCUUUUAGACCUUGUUAAAUUAAAUGUGUUUGGUUAGUAAUAAUUUUUAAUAUUGUUGUGUAUUGUUGUUUGUAUUAGUUCUGUAUUUUUUAAGGUACUAAUAAUAUUAAUCUGUUAUACUUACAGUUUGUUAUGUUUACUUUUCUAGUCCACAACAAGUAUUGUUUAACCAGA